AUCCACCUGGGAGCAGAGGCUGUAAAGGGAUUGCCAAGCAGUGUUGAGGCCACCAGAGAUUUGGAUAGUUAUAGCAGUCUAUUAAGUUACUUUGUCUUGUCACUCUAAACAUUUCAACGCAGAGUGGAGAGGAUGGCAUUCCCUGUGGAUUUGCUGGAUAAUUGCAGUCAUGAGGAAUUGGAAAAUUCUGCUGAAGAUUACAUGUCAGAUUUAAGAUGUGGGGAUCCUGAAAACCCAGAGUGUUUUCCUCUUCCCAAUAUUACGAUUCCUAUUAGUCUAUCAAAUGUAGGCUUUGUACCUCUUUAUGGUGGAGAUCAGACCCAGAAAAUUCUUGCUCUUUUUGCUCCUGAGGAUUCACUCACAGCUGUGGCUCUUUACCUUGCUGAUCAGUGGUGGGCUAUUGAUGAUAUUGUGAAAACAUCUGUUCCUGCUAGAGAGGGACUUAAGCAGGUGAGCACUCUUGGGGAGAGAGUGGUUCUGUAUGUUCUGAAUCGCAUUAUUUAUAGAAAACAGGAAAUGGAGAGAAAUGAGAUCCCAUUCCUGUGUCAUAGCAGUACUGAUUAUGCUAAGAUUCUGUGGAAGAAAGGAGAGGCCAUUGGGUUUUAUUCAGUUAAGCCUACAGGAAGUAUGUGUGCUUCAUUUCUUACCCAGAGUUACCAACUACCAGUUCUUGAUACCAUGUUUGUAAGAAAGAAAUACCGAGGCAAAGAUUUUGGGCUUCAUAUGCUGGAAGACUUUGUUGAUUCCUUUACAGAAGAUGCACUUGGCUUGCGGUAUCCUCUGUCUUCUUUCAUGUACACAGCUUGCAAACAAUACUUUGAAAAGUAUCCAGGAGACCAUGAACUCCUUUGGGAAGUUGAAGGUGUUGGACACUGGUACCAGAGAAUACCAGUCAUGAGAGCAUUACAAAGAGAAACACUUAAAAUUACAGCAUUUUCUCACAAUGAAGCCAAAAGACCUGUAUCUGGAGAAUAUAGUCUUGCAACUGUUCCAGAAUAUGAAGCAGGAAUUGAAGACAAUCAGUCUAAUGAGAUGCAACUAACUAUUGAUUCUUUGAAAGAUGUUUUUGCAAGCACUUCUGAAGGUAAUGAAAAAACACCUGUUUCUACUCAUACCCGGGGCAGUCACUUGAAGCGGCCAAAGAUUGGAAAGCGAUUUCAGGAUUCUGAAUUCACUAGUUCUCAAGGUGAAGAUGGAAAAACUGCCCAGACUUCACCUGCAGCUUCAAUAAAUAAAUUGGAGUCCACUGUGUGCACAUCAGAGAGCUUAGAAGACUUCCUGGAAAAAGAUCCAGAGCAGAGAGCAACUGAUUUUGAGGAUGAAAGCAGGGAUAAAAAUGCACGGCCUACACCUGAAACACAGCCACACCUAGAGAAGCAAGAUGGUGAAAAAGACCCUGAAUUGGAGCCUAUGAAUGGUGAGAUAAUGAAUGAUACUCUUAAGACCUCACUUAUAACUGAAGAGGAAGACUCUGGUAGUGAAGAAGAAUUAAAAGUUCAGUCUUCUAAUUCCAGUGAAGAUACUGCAAAUAGUGUUCCACAGGUGGUAGAAUCUUCAAAACCCCCUGAAACUGUGACACUGGAUAAAACCCAACAUGUAGCUGACUCAGAAAUGUUGAUAGCCCCAGGCCCAGCUGAUGUUAAGGCCCACACUGAGGAGAAACUGCCCCCAGUUCUGAGAAAAAAAACACAUUUGGGGAAUUCAGACAAUGUUGAAGAACGAGCUGACAGUGGUUUGCUGAACUCUGUGAUAGCUGAAUUUUCUGAAGAACCAGUCUCUGAGAAUUUAUCACCCAACACUACUUCAUCAAUGGAAGACCAGGGUGAGGAGGCGCCCGAGCCCCAGGAAACCUCGACUGCUCUUCCUCAGAGUUCUUUGAUAGAGGUUGAACUUGAAGAUGUGCCGUUUUCACAGAAUGCAGGACAGAAGAACCAGUCAGAGGAGCAGUCUGAAGCGUCAUCAGAGCAACUGGAUCAGUUUACGCAGUCAGCAGAGAAAGCUGUGGAUAGCAGUUCCGAGGAGAUUGAAGUGGAAGUGCCUGUGGUGGACAGGCGGAAUUUAAGAAGAAAGGCCAAAGGGCAUAAAGGACCCACCAAGAAGAAAGCCAAGCUGACAUGAGUAAAGAAGAAAUGCGUAUGAUAAAUCCUCUUCUUUGUAACAUAAUUUUUUUUAAAUAUUGUAAUUAAUAAACAGCAUGGGUGCAGGAGACAAAUUUCCAAAAUUCUAGCUUCAGUUUAUUUAUAAUGCAGUUAUUCUCUUCCCUUUAGGAUCUAAGAUUCAGCAUUCUUUUUAAUUUUUCAGGCUUUGUGUA